AUGACUGACUGCCACAGUCAGUCGUGUCCACAGUCAGUCGUGUCAACAGUCAGUCGUGUCAACAGUCAGUCGUGUCAACAGUCAGUCGUGUCCACAGUCAGUCGUGUCAACAGUCAGUCGUGUCAACAGUCAGUCGUGUCAACAGUCAGUCGUGUCCACAGUCAGUCGUGUCAACAGUCAGUCGUGUCCACAGUCAGUCGUGUCAACAGUCAGUCGUGUCAACAGUCAGUCGUGUCCACAGUCAGUCGUGUCAACAGCCAGUCGUGUCAACAGUCAGUCGUGUCAACAGUCAGUCGUGUGAACAGUCAGUCGUGUGAACAGUCAGUCGUGUCAACAGUCAGUCGUGUCAACAGUCAGUCGUGUCAACAGUCAGUCGUGUCAACAGUCAGUCGUGUCAACAGUCAGUCGUGUCAACAGUCAGCCGUGUCAACAGUCAAUCGUGUCAACAGUCAAUCGUGUCAACAGUCAGCCGUGUCAACAGUCAGUCGUGUCAACAGUCAGUCGUGUCAACAGUCAGUCGUGUCAACAGUCAGUCGUGUCAACAGUCAGUCGUGUCAACAGCCAGUCGUGUCAACAGCCAGUCGUGUCAACAGUCAGUCGUGUCAACAGUCAGUCGUGUCCACAGUCAGUCGUGUCAACAGUCAGUCGUGUCAACAGUCAGUCGUGUCAACAGUCAGUCGUGUCAACAGUCAGUCGUGUCAACAGUCAGUCGUGUCCACAGUCAGUCGUGUCCACAGUCAGUCGUGUCAACAGCCAGUCGUGUCAACAGUCAGUCGUGUCAACAGUCAGUCGUGUGAACAGUCAGUCGUGUCAACAGUCAGUCGUGUCAACAGUCAGUCGUGUCAACAGUCAGUCGUGUCACCAGUCAGUCGUGUCAACAGUCAGUCGUGUCAACAGUCAGUCGUGUCAACAGUCAGUCGUGUCAACAGUCAGUCGUGUCAACAGUCAGUCGUGUCAACAGCCAGUCGUGUCAACAGUCAGUCGUGUCAACAGUCAGUCGUGUCAACAGUCAGUCGUGUCAACAGCCAGUCGUGUCAACAGUCAGUCGUGUCAACAGUCAGUCGUGUCAACAGUCAGUCGUGUGAACAGUCAGUCGUGUCAACAGUCAGUCGUGUCAACAGUCAGUCGUGUCAAUAG